GAAUUCAAUGUUACAUCUCUCUUCUCUCUCUCUCUCUCUACUUCUUGAUAUGCAUUUCUGUCCUUGAUUGUUAGAUAGAUUUCUGGUUUUAAUAGUCUAAAUUUUUUUAUAAAUAAAAAAUUCAACAAAUUUAAAUCAUUAAUUAUUAAUAUAAACGAUUACAUUAGACCCCGUGCAUCCUUCGAGCCGGAUCCGAGCAUGAGUAAUAAAAUAGAACAAAAUGUGGCUAUCUUUUCAAUUUGUACUACACACGUUUCACACCAGUAGAGAGAGACGGAGACAGAGUGAGGAGGAGGAUGGAUCAGAAACUCUACAAGGCAGCAAAGGAGGGGGAUUUGAUAUAUCUCCCAAUAUUAAUCGAUGGAAGAAACAUAACAGAGGAAAAGGCCAUGCGUAUCCAACGUGGUAAGUUUCUCAAGAGGACGCAACACGGCAACAACAAUAUCCUUCACAUAGCAGCAAGGGCCGGACGUGAUACCUUCGUUGCGGAAGCUCUACGGUGCUUCCCUUUUCUUUCUGACCAAGUGAACUCACAAGGUGACACCCCUCUCAUUGUCGCAGCUAGGUUUGGUCAUCUCCAAGUGGUGAAAACACUUGCGGACCCUAAUAAUGAGCUCCCGAUGCAAGAUGAUAUGGCUACUGCUGUAGAGAAUGGAACAAACCAGAGGAGUAGUCCUCGUCAAAGAGAUGUGGAAAAAGGGCUAGUUGAUCAUCAAUUGGAGCAGGGUACAGUACAAGACAACGUGGCCAUUGUGGAGAAUGAAACAAACUCGAGUAAUAUUAGUCAUCGUCAAAGAGAUGUGGAAGAAGGGCUACUUGAUGAUCAAUUGAAACAGGCUACUUCUUUGGAGAAUGAAACAAACUCGAGAGACAUGACUACUACUCUGAAGAAUGUAACAAACUCAAGUAGUAGUCAUCAUCAAAGAGAUGCGGAAGAAGUGCUAGUUGAUCGUCAAUUGAUACAUGGUACUACAGCUCUACAUGAGGCUCUAAGGAAUGGACACGAGGAGGUGGCACGGUAUUUAUUAAAAUUGGAUCCUGAAAUGGCAACCUUAGUUAAUGCUGUUGGAGAGAGCCCACUUUUUCUGGCUGCCGAAUCUCGUUGCAAGUCAUUUAUGUUGGAUAUUUUACAAUCAAAUCGGUCAUAUAGCACAAAAGGCCCUGACGGACUGAAUGUGUUGCAUGUUGCACGAGAUUGUCCUGGAAAAAUUAUUAAUAAACUAAUAAGAAGAAGGCCGCAUCUCAUGAGAAAAUUGGAUGACCGCGGGAAGGCAGCUAUUCACCAUGCAGUAGAAGCAUAUUAUUGGGAUUUGCUUGAAGAAAUGUUGAAGACCGACCCUUCGAUUGCCCUCUUUCCCGAUGCUGAGGGUUACACGGCUCUCCUUAGAGCUUCAAGUAGUGGAUGUUGGAAAAUUUGUGAGAAGAUACUCCAGGUAUGUCCAGAGUCAAUCGAGGCACGCAUUGAUAAAGGUCAACAUGCACUUCAUCUUGCCAAUCACAGGAACAUGGGAAAGAUUCCACCAGAAAUAUGGGAGCUUAUAAAUGUGGGUGAUGAUGAAGGAAACACUCCUUUGCAUCUGGCAGUAAAACAAAAUCACUAUGAGAAGGCAAUAUUGUUAACUUCUUCGGCUUCAAUUGAGUUGGGGGCUGUUAACAAAGAAGGUCUUACAGCCUUAGACCUUUGCGAGUCAGAUUGGCAGCAUACGAACUUUAAGAGACUGAUAUGGUUUCAUCUAAGGAGUCAUGGAGCCUCACGUGGCCGACACCCAAAUGAGCACAAGGUUCCCGUUGGAGGAACGCACAGCAACAUCCGUUCUCGAGAUGAAGAUAGGAAACCAAUAAUUAACACCCUCGCUUUGGUAGCCGCACUCAUUGCCACUCUCACUUUUGCCGCCGCAUUUACAAUGCCAGGUGGGUACGACAGCGACAGCAGUCAUCCCAACAGUUUGGGAGUUGCAACUCUCGCAAAGAAGGCCGCGCUUAAGGUGUUCCUUGUAUCGGAUACCUUGGCUAUGUGCUGCUCCAUCCUUGCGGUGUUCUUACUUUUACGGGCAAUGCGUGUUGAACAAGAUGUAACAUUCUCAUUAACCAACACCAGUUCAAUUUUGCUUCGCCUCUCGUUUUAUGCAACUUUGGUGGCUUUUAUUAGCGGUAUAUUUGCAGUAAUAGCCCCUAAAGCCUUAUGGGUGGCCAUCGUAGUAUGUAUCAUCUGUUCCAUGGCUCCUUUCUUAUUUUUUCCUACAAGAGUUGAGAGAAAUUCUUCAUUUCUUACCUUGUUUAGGCCAUCAAUCCUUAUUAAAGACUUUCAACGACUAAUACAGAACAAAGAUCGGAUGGAACUAAUACAGAUGGAUAAGAAAAAGGGGGUGCUAGAUUAUGUUCGAUCACUAUUCCAAAAAUUAGUUCGUUACUCCCGCCAGGGCCACCACAGUCAUCCAGAUAAUUCCUAUGUAUAACUUUGACUGAGGGUAAUAUAUAUAGGCUAAGGUAUGCUUAUUGGUGGGGGAAUAAUGAGUUUUGUUACCUGUUCCUUUUGGUCAUGGAAGGAUUCAGUGCUUGUUGAAGUAUAGAAUCUCUCAAGCUGGGGACUUUUCUUUUCAUCCCAAAUGCAGAACCUUGGAUAUUACUCAUCUAAUAUUUGCAGAUGAAUUGUUUGUUGUAUGUGGAGCAGAGGCGAAGUCCUUCCAAUUGAUUGCUGAUGCUUUGCAAGACUGUCAUCUCUUCUCUGGUCUCAAGCCAAAUACUCAAAAGAGCUUUGUCUUUUUCUCGGGCGUCACUGAGGUACUUAAAGCUAGGUUGAAUGGUCGAUCUUCUAUUGUUGAUGAAGUCAGGGCUUGGAUGUGUUCCUAGAAGAGCAUGAAACCUAAAUAAACUGGUUAGGGAUUGGGGAGUGAGUUAUAGGGUCUUUAGUGCUGUCUAGGGUGCAUUUGUAUCUUUCGUUUCUUGUUGCAUUGUGUUUGCUUUUGCUGCCUUUUGCUUUGUUGUAUUGACCUUCCAGGUCUGCUGGUUGUAGGGCUAUGCCCAGAGUUUUGGUUUGUUUGCUUUAAUGUAAUGAUUAACUUACCAAAUUAAAAAUAAUAAUGAAUUUGAUUAAGGAGUUAGGAGAU